AUGGACCCUACUACUCUCCCGCCCUGGAAUCUCCCCGCAGGUGUUACCUCGCGGUUCGUUGACACAUCGCCGGUUGGACUGAAGUUUCAUAUUCUGGAGUCAAUUCCGGACCAAGAUUCAUCAUUAGGCAGCAAAAAUGGACAACCUCCACCGUUGAUAUUGCUACUUCACGGUUUCCCAAACCUCUCAUAUGACUGGCGAUUUGUCCUGCCAAAGCUAGCAGAGGCAGGGUACUAUGCUGUUGCUUUUGACCUGCGGGGAUUCGGGCGGAGUCACAAUGCUGAUUUGAGCCCCAUUGCCGAAGAAACAUUCCGGCCGCUCACCGCAAUCCGGGAUGUGGUGACAUUGGUAUACGCAUUGGGAUACACAAACAUUCACACCUUGGUGGGCCAGGAUCUCGGUGCGUACAUCGCCGCAAUUACUGCCUUGAUGCGGCCGGACAUGAUCAGGUCAUUGCUCUUGAUGGCACACACAUGGAAGGGCGCGCCAGCCAGUGCCUUCGGAACCUCGCCUGCAGAGUCGUUGGCGAAGAUGAUUAGUCGUGCAGAAAUCCCUCGUUGGGAACAGAACAGAGACUCUGACAUACAUACAUCGCUUGCCAAGCUUGAACCGCCACGAAAGCACUACAAGUGGUCCAAUGCGUCCUCGCAAGCAUCUGAUGAAUGGACAUACCCAACUGGCGAGCCACUACGGCAGUUUUUAAGAGGAUACUUCCAUUUGAAAUCUGGUAUCCAUAUCCAGAACAUAUCUCCUCGGCCCCUCAAGGCUUGGACGGCAGAGGAGUUGGCCAUCUUGCCUCAUUACUACGUCAUGCGUGCGGAUAAGACGAUGAGAGAAAAUGUUGACCUGGAUAUGGCUGAGGAACCCUCUGAUAUUGUAGCUAAGCUAAACCUCACGCCAUGGCUUACCGAUGCAGAUCUUGAUGUGUAUGAGCAAGAAUACACUCGGACCAGUUUUGAAGGCCCAUUGCUUUGGUACCGAGUGCUUACUGAUCCUGAGCUGUCCAGAGAUCUAGUAUGUUUUGCCGGGUCAAAACUUAGAAUUCCCACCAAAUAUGUUUCUGGGCUCAAGGACUGGGGCACUUUUCAAAUUCCAGGUGGCCUCGAAGCAAUGCAGCAAGGGGUCAGCGUUGAACCGGAGUGUUGGAGGGGAGAAACACUUGUUCCAGGAGCUGGACACUGGAUUAAUAUGGAAAAACCAGAGGAAAGUGCGGCUGAAAUCUUGACGUUGGCUAAUAGCGUUUCUUGA